GAGAGAGAAACCCCCUCUUGGUAUGUCACGUAUGGCUCUAUAGGAGAAAUCAUCUCUGGGAAUAUAGUGGAAAGGACGGAGCUGGUAUAAACUGAAGGUACCUGGGUUUAAUUCAGACUUUUGUGGGUGUCCAGCAUGGAGAUGCAGAGAUGGUCCACAAGGUGGAAAACGAAAAGGUGGCCCUGGGACUCGGCUGUAACCGUGCUCAUCACCUUCGCUAUCCUUGUCCGGGCUGCAGAGGUCAGAGGAGCUGAAGCUGUUGAUGUGCUAAAAGCAUUAGAAUUUCACAAUUCACCAGAAGGAGUAUCAAGAACAGCAGGAUUUUGCACAAACAGAAGGGAUUCAAAAGGAUCAGAUGUUGCCUACAGAGUUUCCAAAACUGCCCAGCUGAGUGCUCCAACAAAGCAGCUGUACCCAGGUGGAGAUUUUCCAGAGGAUUUUUCAAUAUUAUUGACAGUAAAACCUAAAAAGGGUAUACAGUCCUUCCUUCUGUCUAUCUACAAUGAGCAAGGAAUUCAGCAAGUAGGUGUUGAAGUUGGUAGAUCCCCUGUCUUCCUCUUCGAAGACCAAAAUGGAAAACCGGCCCCGGAAGACUACCCUCUUUUCAGAACAGUCAACAUUGCUGAUGGCAAGUAAGUAUAAAAUUUCAUGAUGAAAAAUAAUACCAUG